CUUGAGCCCGAUCGUCGGGAUUCGAACCUUCGGUCAGCUAGUCGUGUUGCAUUCUACGUGGGGUUUCUCUCGUGGCAUGCUUGACGACCAGUCACGAACAACGGUACUCUUUCAAGAAAAAGGGGAAAAAUAAGCGGCGGCCGAUAGUCUUGCGACGGUUCCAUGCGUUCGUCUUAGGGGCCGCAUCUGGCAGGUGAUACCGUGCGCCUGGUAUCGUCGCGGACGAGAAACAUGUCUUUCCCUUCCCGUCCAUUCAAAUCCCCAGCCUCAGCAGCGGCGUCGCCCCAAAUCUGGGGACGGUGACGGAAGCCAUCGGCUGACCGAUGCAAAACAUCCGAACUUCUUCCUGUCUGUUGUUCGUGCCUACCUACCUACUGGCAUAGUAGAUGGCGGUGGAGGGUCCGACUGGACUCAAGGUUCAGCUCAGCCGAUGGUCGCUCCUUCCUACUUUCAAGGUUUCGUAGCACAGGCAGACGCGAAAGCACCUUCACUGCCAGAACGGCAGGAGAUGCCUUCAAUCUCAGCAGCGACCACCGUCCUCUUCACUUCCCUCUGCCCUUGUGAAGGAACUGAACCAUGAAGCAAGCGCUUAGGUAGGUACUAGGCAUCGCAUGUUCUUUCCGUCACCUUCACCCAGCGUCUCGACAAGACAACAAACGAAACAUUGGACGCCGGGCCAAGUGGAAUCCGUUGCCCACAUUUGAAGCGGUUUUUCCAUCGGGUAUCAAAUCCAAUGCCCUUUCUCAACUCCCCGCGUUACACAUGUGGUCAUAUCUGAUGAGGAAGUGAUCAAUGGAGAAGAUGGGUGGACAAGAGGAGCUGCCGGACGAGCCUAUGAAGAAGGUCGCCAUCGUCGGCAGCGGUGUUACGGGAAUCGGUGCUCUAUGGGCCUUGAACAGAAGCCCUCAUGAUGUCCACCUUUUUGAGGCUUCCGAUCGGCUCGGAGGACAUACCAACACGGUGGAAUUCCAAAAUGGAAAGCACAGCACCCAGGUUGACACUGGCUUCAUCGUCAUGAACAAAGCCACAUACCCCAACUUCCUCAACUUCCUCAACUGUAUAGGCAUUGAGGCCGUCAAGACAGAGAUGACCUUUUCGGUCUCUAGAGACUACGGAAAGUUUGAGUGGGCUAGAUCCUCACUAAACUCCUUAUUUGCUCAGCGUAGCAACAUCUUCUCCCCACGAAUGUGGCGCAUCAUAUUCGAUAUCAUCCGCUUCAACCAGCAUGCCCUCGAUGUGUUGAGAGUAGACCUUGAGGACACUACCCGGACAAGAAGCCAGCAUGCCGCCAUUCAUCCCGAGGAGACGAUUGGUGAAUAUCUGGACCGUGAAGGCUACUCAGAUGCCUUCCGAGACGACUACCUGAUUCCAAUGACCGCGGCUGUGUGGAGUACCAGCCCCGAAAAAUGCUCUCUCGAGUUCCCUGCCGUAACUUUGAUCAGAUUUCUAUGGAACCAUCAUCUUCUGUCCACGGUUGCCGCCCGUCCAGACUGGCUUACGAUACCCAGAGGCUCCAAAGGAUACAUAGACACAGUCAUGAACGGUUUCCCGUCCAACCAUCUGCACCUGAAAUCUGAAGUCACAAGGGUCUCUAAUGAACCUGAUGGCCGUGUUCGUUUGCACAUCAAGGGGGGUCGCUCUGCGGUCUUUGAUCAUGUUAUUCUUGCCACUCACGGUGACCAAGCCUACUCUAUCAUCCGGGACUCAGCCACCGACGAGGAGCGAGAUAUCCUGCGCAACUUCAGGACUUCGGAUAACGUUGCGGUGUUACAUUCUGAUACCUCACUCAUGCCGCAGGCCCCGAGGGCCUGGAGUAGCUGGAAUUAUCUGACGCGGUCAUCUCCCGUUACUGGCAGGAAUAUCGACCAGGUAUCGCUGACUUACAAUAUGAACAUAUUGCAGCACAUUCCUCGGGACCAGUACGGCGAUGUCUUGGUGACCCUGAACCCCCUGCAUCAGCCAGACCCUUCGACGGUUCAAGGAACCUACAUAUAUGCGCACCCGCUCUACACCCCCGCCGCAAUCAAAGCUCAAGAACGGCUCGACUACAUUCAGAACACCCGAGGUAUCAGUUACGCAGGCGCCUGGACAAAAUAUGGGUUCCAUGAAGAUGGAUUUAGCAGUGGCAUUCGGGUUGCCAUGGAACACUUGGGAGGACGGAUCCCGUUCGAGUUCAAGGAUUCGACCUAUAGUCGUGGCAGAAAGCCGGAGCUGGGAUUCCUUGACUGGUUGUUAAGAGUCUGGAUCUGGUUGAUCCAGGUUCUCUUCAUCAGCGUAUUGGAUAAGUUUAGCGCGCAAGGUGCAGCAAGCCGUCGCCUGGCCUCACAUGUUAACAGCAAGGUGAACGGCUCGGUCAUUGCUGCUCAGAGGGUUUCGGGACACAUGAAUGGCGGCUAUGGAUACAGCAAGAAGCACAUCUAAGGGACGGGUAUCUUUGACAAUAAUGGAUUAAUGGGUAGUUCUUGCAGGCAAGUCUCUGAUGAUAAAGGAAGCCAUCGUAGGUUCACAGAAGAAAAUGUAGUUACAUGAAGGACCUGGAAGAGCUCUAUGGGUGUUAUGGAACCCACUUUAAAUUGACUAAUGGGGAGGACUGGUUUCGAUAACGUUCUGUUUCCUGCAAGACAUGCACGCCGUGUGUCAUAAUCUUUCACACGAAGAAAAAAAGAAAAUGAAAGAAAAAAAAAGAAAUAACAAAUAGAAACGCCGAUAUGCC